AGCGGCGCUCUAUGUGCGUCAGGACGCUGGACAAGGAAGGAAGGAGCACACAUUGCAGAGAGCACGUUGCUCUGUUGCUGGUGUGGGGAAGGCUGCGAAUGGGGGACGGCGUUGCUAUGUCCCAGACACAGCUGCAGCCAUGUGCCGCAGUGUCCGAGCCGGGAAAAGCGGUGUCCCUUCCCCAGAAGCGCUAUUACAGGCAGAGAGCCCACUCCAAUCCCAUAGCUGAUCAUACUUUCCAGUAUCCAGUAAAACCUGAAAAAAUGGAUUGGUCGGAGUACUAUCCUGAAUAUUUUAAGGAACUGUCAUCUGAUUGUAUUCAUGAUGAUGUAAAGGACAUGAUGGUGGAAGAGAAGAAACAAGUUUAUCAAGUUGAGUUUGCAGACAUUGGCUGUGGAUAUGGUGGUUUGCUAGUUGAGUUGUCACCCUUGUUUCCAAAUACACUCAUGCUUGGACUGGAAAUAAGGGUCAAGGUGUCUGACUAUGUGCAAGACAGGAUUAAGUCACUAAGAGCUUCCCAUCCGGGCCAGUACCAGAACAUUGCCUGCAUCAGGAGCAAUGCUAUGAAAUACCUACCCAACUUCUUCAAGAAAGCGCAGUUGAGUAAGAUGUUCUUCCUGUUUCCUGACCCUCACUUUAAGAAGACAAAGCAUAAAUGGAGGAUCAUCAGUUCUACGCUGUUGGCAGAAUAUGCCUAUGUGCUGCGUGUUGGGGGGUUGGUGUACACAAUCACAGAUGUGGACGAAGUCCAUGAAUGGAUGGUAAAACAUUUUACAGAACAUCCCCUUUUUGAGCGGGUCUCAAAAGAGCAACUGGCAAAUGACAUUAUCAUAGACAAUCUGGGCACAUCCACGGAAGAAGGAAAGAAGGUUCAGCGCAACAAAGGACAGAACUUCUUGGCAGUAUUUUGCCGUGUAGAAAACAAGACAUUCAGGAAUCGAGAUUCAUAGCUGGGAUGUUGGAGAUAUCUGAGAUUUACACCCUGCCCUCCCCAAAGGGUGGACAGACCAAUGUAAAAUUUGGAAAGUUCCUGACAUCCUAGUCCAGUUUAGGUCUGGACAGACUGAGGUGGAGGGUCCAUGGUAUGAUACAAAGUCUGGCAGAAGCUGCUGCUACAUCACUCUUCAUGCCGCAGCUUAGAUGACACAAUUUAUAGUCUUUGGACGUUUGUGAGUUGUGGAUGAAUGUUUUAAGACUGGUUUGUUGGGGGGGAAAAAACUGUAAGAAGGAAGAAAGAAUUACUCCUGCAAGUGGACAUGCUGCAUUAAUAUGUAUAGGUGUAUUCAUUGGCUCUAUACCAUGUUUUUGUACCAUCUUGGUUUGCGUCACUAUAAUCUUUGAGAGUUCUUCCUCAGCGCACAGUAACCAUUUUGCGGAUUUGAAUUAUCUUUAUUAGCAUUAACAUUUCAUUAUCUUCCCGAGCAGAAUCUCUCAGCUCUCACAAGUAGAGCCCUACACACACAAGCUGCUUGUUUGCCAGUGUAUGGUUUAUUUAUUUUUUUACUCUCCCCCUGAUAAAAUGACAGUAAUGAUAAAAAAAUAGAUGGUAGAUAUAGAGGGGUCAGGGCUGAAAUUCCAGCGGUCCUGAUGCCGGCGGUCAGAAUACCAACCGCUGCAUCCCAAUGGUUAGAAUCCUUACUGGGGUCGGGAUUGAUUCCUGGCAGCCAUUCUUGUAUAGAAGUAAGGAAAUAGAACAUAAAUACAGGAGUCUCCUAAGUACAUAUUUCCAGUGUAGUUGUACCCUGGAAAGGGGGGGGGGGGGAAGCAUAAGAUAAGAAAAGCAGUAAACUUGUCAGUUAUGUUUUGUGUAUAAAUUGUGACCUAGGUAUUUUCUAUGAGUAUGUUAGAUUCUCAAUUCCAAAGACAUUGUUAAAAGCACAGUUUUUUUUUUUUUUAACUAUAACUAGCCAUAAGUAAUAUGUGAUUAUGUGCAGCUGUAUGAGCUGCCCGCAGCGCCAUCUCGCCACUAUAUGUAAAUGGUACUGUCUCUCAAUAACACUGCCUGUUGGUGAUCUAUAAAAUACAUGUUAAAUUUGAGUAAAACACAUUAAUAUUGUGUAUUGAAGGUACAGUGCCUUGCUAAAGUAUUCACCCCCCCUUUGCAUUUUUCAUGUUUUGUUUCCUCACAACCUGGAAUUAAAAUGGAUUGUUUGAAGGUUUACACCAUUUCAUUCACAGAACAUGCCUACAA